AUGGUGCAAUUCUCUAGGCCGCUGAAGCUCGUUCUCGCAGUGUCUGCUUGUGUUGUGCCUGCACUAGCAGGUCAGGUCCAGCUUUCGAAUCUCCAGCUUCCCCCGAGUGCAGCUGUUACACAAGCCACGGUGAAAGAAAUGUUUGUCGACAGCUACAACGCAUACAGAACAUACGCUUGGGGCCACGACGAUCUGCUUCCUGUCAGCGCCAGCUUUACAGAUGGACGGAAUGGAUGGGGUGCAUCAAUCGUAGACGGCAUGGCCACCAUGUACAUCAUGGGUCUUGACGACUUCUUCAACGAAGCUUUGAACUUCACUCAAUUCAUCAAUUUCAAUGAAUCCCAGGUUGUGGAGACCGUCAGUAUCUUCGAAACCAGCAUUCGAUACGUCGGUGGCCUACUCAGUGCUUACGAACUGAGUGGUAAGCAACACCAAAUUCUUGUAGACAAAGCGAAAGAAGUCGCAGAUAAGAUGGCGUAUGCUUGGCAGACGUUUCCGGGUCAAACAAUUCCAUUUGGCGAAAUAUGGUUCAGCGACAACACGGCCGUCGUCGACACCUCCAAUAUCGCGGAAGCGGGAACGCUCGAUAUCGAGUGGUCAAGACUAUCACUAUAUACCGGAAAUGAUACAUAUACCAAACUGACAGAGGGAUCUGUCAGAGCUAUUGCUAACUUGGUCACACCCCUCCCAGGUCUCGCUCCACAAGGGAUUGACCCUUCCAGCAACACUUUUGUCGGCGACUAUCUGACGUGGGGAGGAGGGUCUGACAGUUACUUUGAGUAUCUGAUUAAGUAUCCGCGUGUAACAAAUACCGACGACAAUCUUUUUGCUGACACUUGGCAUGCUGCUGUUGACUCUUCCAUUUCGGCAAUGGCGAGGAAAUCCACCGUUGGAAACUACACUUACAUUGCUGAUUGGGACGAGGGCGAGCUCAUCCAUGUAGGCUCACAUUUGGAGUGUUUCCAUGGUGGAAAUUGGAUCUUCGGUGGACACCUCCUCAAUAACCAGACUAUCAUUGAUUAUGGUUUGGAACUGGUUGCUGCAUGUUGGAAUACAUAUGCCAGCACUUCGACUGGAAUUGGUCCUGAAGUGUUCUAUUUCUUAGCAAAUGAUCAGUGGAAUGGAAAUGGCGUUCCAUCCAAAGACGAACUAACAUUCUAUAACGAGCACGGAUUCUGGAUCACUGGUAAGAUUUCCCCAUCAGACUAUAUUCUUCGUCCAGAAGUCCUUGAGUCAAACUUUUACGCCUGGCGUUCGACCGGUGACACCAAGUAUCUCGACCGCGCUGCAAGCGCUGUGGAAAGCUUGAAGAAAUACCUCCCUCAACCCUCAGGAGGAUAUGCUGGUCUAAACGACGUGGAUAAUCCCAGCGCCGGUUUCAUUGAUGACCAGGAAUCGUUCUGGUUUGCCGAGGUUUUGAAAUACUUGUAUUUGACUUUUGACGACCCAGAACAUAUCAGUCUCAAUGACUAUGUGCUGAACACUGAAGGACAGCCCUUCGAGGCACCUGCUGCCAAAGACGUAUACGGAAGUGGCCAACCCGCGAUAGUCCUAGGUCAGUUUGUUAGCAAGACGGGCCUACCUUUACCAGCAAUCAGCCCGAACAAGUACCUGCCUUCCCCACUGCCAACGCCGACCAGUUCGUGA